AUGAAAAGAGUUAUUGAAGAGCUUACUGCAAGUUUGAUCUAUCUCUUUAGUUCGAUAAUAACAACGCUUUCCAAUAAGUAUAUACUAUCGAACCUUGGGUUUAAAAUGCAAUAUCUCUUGGUAGCAAUUCAGUCUUUUACCAUAGUUGCUGGGUUACUUGUUCUGAGAAUCACAGGCCUUGUUAAAUUUCCACUAACCAACUUCAGAAAAUGGAUGGUUCCGUCUCUCUUGCUUUCUGUGAUGAUAUUUUCGGGAUCAAAGUCUCUGUACUAUCUUCCGAUAUCCCUAUACACUUUAUUCAAGAACAGUAGCAUAGUGGUGGUUGCCCUUCUUGAGCAGCGCCUAUUCAAGAAGAAAAUAAGCGCUUUGUCUUAUAUGUCGUUUGUGUUAAUGAUCAUUAGUUCCUAUACGGGAAAUUCUUCAGAUGUUGUUCUUAACAUUGGUUAUUACUGGAUACUGAUCAACAUCCUGUCUACAACGGCCUAUGUAUUGUCGCUAAAGGUUGCUGUCGACAUGAACAGUAAGGGAAAAGCAGAAUCCGUAUACUAUUCGAAUCUUAUUUCAUUGCCAAUUCUUGUCCUUUUGUCUGCACUCUUUGAUGAAAGAAGCAUGGGAAUUUUUGGGUUUCAAGAGCUUGUGUGGAUCCUGAUUUCGUCAUUCUGUGCCUUUCUUACAUCUUUCAGUACUGCUUGGACUCUUAAUGUCCUUUCCUCCACUGCUCUAAGCAUGAUUGGUGCCUUGAACAAGAGCCUAGGGUCUUUUGCAGGGAUACUUGCAUUAGGAGAAAGUAUUAACCAUCAGAAAAUCUUUUCUCUUCUUUUAGGAUCGCUGGCAUCUGCUAUAUACUCGUAUGACAUCUCAUUUAGAAAGAGAGAUUAA